GAAACUGGAAAUGUCUAGCAUUGUCGUCGCCACAAGCGGCCUCCCAGCAUAUCUUAAUCAGAGCCUAGACAGAUAUUGAAAGCUAGAAAAAUAACGACAACUUGUUGGAACGGCACUUUGCACAUGAAGAUAUCUCCUCGAAUACGCCGCUUCGAUUUGGCGGUAAAGUGAAGAAUGUUAGGCCUUUGAAGAGAACCUUGGUGUCGUGCAACAUGUGUGAUUGUCAUGCAUCUUUUCAUACAGCGUCUAGGGUGGCUUCCGAUGCACCUUGUCUUGUUGCCAAUGAAUAUCGCUUCAGGACGCCUUGGGCACUUUAUACUUUGGUUCUGGAUUUUCGAACGAUACAAGCAGAAAAUUAUGUCUCAGGGAUUCGAACAUGGUUUAAGGAUGUUUCCUCGAGACUACGGGCAACGCAAGAAACAUCUCGUCAAUACCAUGCAGGGUCAUUUGCAUCUGGCAAACAAUAUCGUAAUGAUCAUUUGAUAUUUCACCAUCCAUUUGCAAAACUUAAUAGAGGAGAAAUUAUUGAAAUUUUUAAUACGCAUACACCUUUUCUGAGCCGUUUUAGAGAAAUUUCCCGCGGCUGCAUGACGCUAAUACUCGUCCCGAGGCUUCUCAUGUUGUUUACUGGAAACGAACAAGUGAAGGGGCGAAAUUUUGGGAAAGUGAUGCUCGCUUGGAUGAUGCUGCAGCUGCAGGCAGGAGCUGCGGCUGCAAGCCAGCACAUCCGGGCAAUCUCGAAAAUCCAAAGGGCUAUUGCAUGAUUGCGGGCUUUUGAUGCUUUAAUACUGGAAAAAUAUUUCCGUGGCUCCUCCUGCCAUAGAGAAAAAAAGAUGUCCACCCCCGUCGCUUGUCCAAUCAUGCA